ACUCGCCCACCGCUCGGCGCUUGCGAGUCAGCCAUCCAAAGGCAGGCGGUGUGUGUUUCUAGAAGCCAGCCAGCCGCCAAGCUGCCAACACUCGCUGACACACACUCACCGCGGACCCUUGGAGACACCUUACCUCUACGCAUAUUUUUUUAUUAUUUCUUAUUUUUCCCAAAUAUUUUGUAUUUUCCCACCUCUUUCUUCCUUUCUCUCCACCCACUUUUGUGUGUGUCUUCUUGAAAACUACACGGGACGAGCAUUAAAGCAGACAUUUCAAGGAAGACGCACGGCCGGACUUUACCGGAUGAAAACGGACUAACGCGGAGGAGAGGAGGAGAAAGAAAAAACUUGAACAUCAUCACCAACCGUCAUUCAUUCAUUACCUUGACAACCUCUGGCUUUGAUUGACAGCUGGAGUGGCAAAAAGCCAUGAGACGCGACAGUUGACUCGCAAUCUGGGCCCAUUGUAACCUCACAUUUUGACUUUUUAUCCACUUUUUUGUUGCUUCUUUUUGUAAACAAAAAGACGGACCGUCCGAUGCGACGACUUCAGCGUGUAGCGGCGAAUAGGAGAAUUCGCUAAGAAAAAAAAAACAUAAUAAUAAAAAGUUAAUCGAAAGCGAGAAGAACCUGGAACAUUUUUUUCUCUUUCCACGCAGGACAAAAGUGGAGAAAAAUAACACAUUUUAAGGAGUUUAUUGGAGCUGCAGCCUGAUGGCGCAAAGGUACGAUGAGCUGGCCCACUACGGGGGUAUGGACGGCGUUUCGGCGUCCAUGUACGGGGACCCGCACGCUCCCCGACCGCUCCCCCAGGUCCACCACCUCAACCACGGACCGCCGCUCCACGCCAGCCAGCACUACGGAGCGCACGCUCCCCACCCGAACGUCAUGCCCACCAGCAUGGGCUCGGCCGUCAACGACGUCCUAAAGAGGGAUAAGGACCAGAUUUAUGGGCAUCCCCUCUUCCCUCUGCUCGCUCUGGUCUUCGAGAAGUGCGAGCUGGCGACGUGCACGCCGAGAGAGCCCGGCGUGGCCGGGGGAGACGUAUGCUCCUCGGACUCUUUCAACGAGGACAUCGCGGUGUUUGCCAAACAGGUCCGGGCAGAAAAACCUUUAUUUUCAUCAAAUCCAGAGUUGGAUAACUUGAUGAUACAAGCCAUACAAGUGUUACGGUUUCACCUCUUGGAAUUAGAAAAGGUGCACGAGCUCUGCGACAAUUUUUGCCAUCGGUACAUCAGCUGUUUGAAAGGAAAAAUGCCAAUAGAUUUAGUGAUCGAUGAGCGGGAUGGGAGCUCCAAAUCGGACCACGAAGAGUUAUCUGGCUCGUCGACGAACCUCGCCGAUCAUAAUCCCGCGUCAUGGAGAGACCAUGAUGACGCCACCUCCACACACUCAGCCGGCACACCGGGACCCUCCAGCGGGGGACACGCGUCACAGAGCGGUGACAACAGCAGCGAACAAGGAGAUGGUUUAGACAACAGCGUGGCAUCACCCGGCACAGGCGACGACGACGACCCAGACAAGGAUAAGAAGAGGCAGAAAAAACGAGGCAUUUUCCCCAAGGUGGCCACCAAUAUCAUGAGGGCGUGGCUCUUCCAGCAUCUCACGCACCCGUACCCAUCUGAAGAGCAGAAGAAGCAGCUAGCCCAAGACACGGGUCUCACCAUCCUACAAGUAAACAACUGGUUCAUUAAUGCCAGGAGAAGAAUAGUACAGCCCAUGAUUGACCAGUCAAAUCGAGCAGGUUUUCUUCUUGAUCCUUCAGUGAGUCAAGGAGCAGCGUACAGUCCCGAGGGCCAGCCCAUGGGCAGCUUCGUGCUGGACGGGCAGCAGCACAUGGGGAUCCGACCGGCCGGGCCUAUGAGUGGAAUGGGGAUGAAUAUGGGCAUGGAUGGGCAAUGGCACUACAUGUAACCUCCGUCUUGUAAAGCAAAAACGCAAAGAAAAAGGGGGAAGUCUGCCAGGCGUGCCGGGCGACUACGUACCUCAGAGCGGUCCUAUGGGCGUGAGCAUGGCCCCCUCUACUUACAGCAACCCCCAUCAGAUGACCUCCUACCCCAGCCAGCUGCGACACGGACCCCCUCCUCUUCACACGUACCACCCCCACCACCCUCACCACCACGCCAUGCUGAUGCACGGAGGACCCUCGUCCCACCCAGGGAUGGCCGUAUCUGCGCAGCAGAGACCCCCCUUGCUCACGCCCAUGGACCCCGCCACUGGAGGAGCGGGCCUGGACAUCCACGCCUGAAGGGAGAGCCCGCGACUGCUUUUAUGUAAAGAAAAAAAGAAGACUAAGGCGGCGGUGUCCCUCCAUGAUGACUUUUUUUUUUCUUCUUAAAAAGGAACUGAAGAAUUCCAGACAAACUGUGACAAUUCUUUUUUCUAACUUUGUUUUGUUACACUUUCACCCCAGUGGAGGACCAAGCUGACACCUUGUAAAGUCUUGGGCUUUUUGCUACACCAGAGGACGCAAACUCAAAACUUUUCAAAAAAGAGCGGACAAAACACAGUCUUGGCGCUUUCAAACAUUUAAAAAAAUCACUCUGGAAGACUUUAAAAAGAAACAACUCCAAGAGUUAUUACUACUGUAGUAUGAAAAUAUAGAUAAUAAGUUAAAACUUUGGAUUUUUAUGUUUUCUGAGCUAGUUUUUAGGAUUUUCUCUCCUGGAAGAGCAGCACAGCACUAUUAUGAAACAACAGAAGAAGAUGGAACAUCUAAAAAAAAAACACCACACAUGGCCAUCAGAUCCUGUCCCACACCCCCCACCCCACCUUAAGAGCAGGGCAUGAUGGGAAAAGGCUGACUAGAUGACACCGGAUCUCUCCUGAAGAUUUUCUUUUUUUUUUUUUUUUUUUUUUUUACUAUAAAAGGCUCAUGAAUGAAUGUUGCCCUGUUAAAAUUGCCCAAGCACUGGAUUGUGUUGGUUUUUAUACUUUUUUUUUUUUUUUUUAACCUGGGACUCUUAUUUGCUGAAGAGCGAAGGAAGGAAGCUCCACAGUGGGAGGGGGGAAAAAAAAAGAAAAAGUGACAUCCCACUCUGCUUCUUUUUUAUCUGCAGAUCAACACUCUCGGACUGUACACAUGUUGGUUCUGCGGCACUGAAGAGAAGCUGUUUAUGCAGCCAAAAAAAAGAAGAAAAAAAACACUUAAAUUAUAAACUCAUGCUUUUUGGGGAGGGGGUAAUAAAAGAAGAAAAAAAGCUGAGAGACUAUUGUAACAAACUUCGUACAGAGUUCAGUCUAUUAAUUGUUUCAUGUUAGAUAUUCUAUGUGUUUACCUCAAUUGAAAAAAAAGAAUGUUUUUUGCUAGUUUCAGAUCUGCUGUGGCAUUGAUAUUGUAUAUGUCCAUGAAUUCCUUCCUCCUGCUUUUAUUUUUGGUUUUACUUUGUCCCACCCCCCCUCUCAGCACGUGUUCCUCACUAGAAGAUAAGAUGCCGUCUCCCUUAAAAGCUUUGUCAAAAAAUACAUUAAAAAUACUUGUAUGAGGACUGUGACGUAUUGUUUUAAAAAGGUGUUCAGUCACAAAUGCUGUAAUAAAUAUUUCAUUUUUUGA